AUGGCGUCUUCUUCGAAUCAAGGAAAUUUACAUAACAGUUGCAAUAGAUACAGUGAUUUACAAGUUGAUUCCACUGCUAAUAACAAUGAUUUCACUGUUGAGUGUGCUCGUGAUGAUGAGGUUGAGAAUUUUAUUGAAGGUUUUGAUGAUUCGUUUAGUAGUAGUAGUGGAUUAUCGAUACCAAAGGUUGAUGACAACAAAGUGAAGCCUUAUUCUGGUCAGAUUUUUAGAGAUAUUGAAACAUGUUUUAAGUUUUAUGCUGAAUAUGGGAGGCAAGGUGGUUUCGAUAUUCGCAAGUCAUCACAAAAAGUCAGAGAUGGUAUUGUAGUUUACAAGUAUUUUGUCUGUUCGAAGGGAGGUGAUCAUGAAACUUCUAUGUCGAAAAACUCUGAUAGUAAUUCGGAUUUGUCUCUUGUCUCAAGCACUGCAGGAGUUGAUGUAAGAAGGCGAAGAAGGACAGUUACAAAAAAAUGUCAAUGUGAAGCAAAGGUUCAACUGAAAUAUGGUGGUUUUAAUCAAUAUAUAAUAUUUUGUUUUGUUGAAGAUGCUGCUAAAUCAAAUAUUGGUGCUCAUAGAGCGCAUAGCCUCUAUAAAUCUAUAGCCGGUUCCUACACUGAUGUAGGAGCAACUGCUACAGAUUUUCAGAAUUGGGUAAGGGAUAUUAAGUUGUAUAUUGGAAAGCAUGAUGCGGAUAUGUUGCUUCAAAAUUUCCAAAAUAAGCGAGAGACAUCAGAUGCUGGAUUUGCUUAUGAGUAUGAAACAGAUUCGGAUGGUCAUCUUACUCGUCUAUUUUGGGCUGAUAUUCCAGGACGCCAAAGUGUUGACAAUCACUGGAAAAGUGUUACCUUCGCAUCUGCUUUGCUUAAUGACGAGGAUUCGACAAAUUUUACAUGGGUGUGCGAGAUGUUUUUGAAAGUCUUUCAGCAGGCACCAAAAUGUAUUAUCACCGAUCAAUGCCCGGCUAUGAAAGUUGCUAUCAACAAGAUAUUCCCUAAUUCAAUUCAUCGAUAUUGCAUGUGGCAUAUAAUGCAAAAGUUUACAGCUAAGGUUGGUCCUGUUUUUUGUGCGGAAUCUGGUUUUGUGGAGAAACUUAAUAAAUUUGUUUGGUCAUCACAUUUGACGAUAUCUAAAUUUGAAGAAGGUUGGAAUUUUGUGUUGAAUAAGUUUGGAUUGAGUGAACAUGUAUGGUUGAAUGAAAUGUACCUUAUGAGAGAAUCGUGGAUUCCUGCCUUUUUUCGGGACAAGCCCAUGGGAGCGUUGCUCAGAACGACAUCAAGGUCAGAAAGUAGUAACUUUUUCUUUAAUCAUUUUGUGCAGAGGAGAGACACACUGUCAGAGUUCUAUAUAUGCUAUGAGAGUGCCAUUGAGAAACAGAUUUAUGAAAAUAAAAAACUUAAUGAUGGAGAUAGAUGUAUACCUAAGACUAUCACUGAAAAAGAAAUUGAAAAGGAAGCAGCCCAGCUCUACACUCGCACAAUGUUUUACAAGGUUCAAAAACAGAUUAAAGCUAGUUGUUUUCAUAUUAGUUUGGCUGGACAGCCAAUUGUGGUUGAUGGUGUUAGUAAGUAUAUUGUACGUGAUAAAACUUAUGAUGAGAAGUAUUUCGAGGUUCAGUUUUCGUUCUUGACAAACAAUGUGGAGUGUUCUUGCAAGCUUUUUACUAGAGUGGGAUACCUUUGUCGGCAUUGUUUCUACUGUUUGGGUCUAUGGGGUGUUGAACGAAUUCCAUAUCAGUAUUUGUGUAGUCGCUGGAUGAGAAAUGCAGAGGACAGAUUUUGCAAAUCAAAAUUUUCAGAUGUGAUGGAAAGUACUAAUGUACAGAACAUUAGGGAUAUGUCAAAAAAAGUAUGGACUGUGUUCCAAGGAUGCAUUGAAUAUGUUUCAAACAAUGCUAAUGGUAUGCAGUUUUUGUUUGAUGAGAUGAAUAGUUUGAAAAUAAGGGUUGAAGAAAAAUUUGAAAGUUCCAGAGCUACAAAAGAAGAUAUGCUAGAAGAAUGUUUCGGAGUGAGGCCUUCAACUAUAACUACUGUUCAUCCACCACUCCAAAGUAAUAAUAAAGGUAGCCGAAAAAGACUUGUUGGUCCUGCAGAAAAAAGUUGUGAUGGAAAGAAGAGGAAAUUAAGGGUGUGCAAAUUCUGUAUGAUGGAAGGAUAUCACGAUUCACGUACUUGCCUGAAGAAGAAGAUGCAAAAUCCAAUCAUGCAAGCUGCUAAUAUUUGUGUUGACCAUAUUAGCACUAACGAAACCAUCAAUACAUGUAUUCUGCAAGUUAAAGUUCCAUGGAAUUAUGCUUGUUAA